UCCGCGCUGGGCAUUUAAUUGAUGCAUUGCACACGCAUACCCGGGUCCCUCUAUUACGUGGUAUAGGCAUUCUCGGUCGGUACACUACUAACUUCCCAGAAUGGACGUGGAAUCAAAACAAGGCAACAAAUUCUCCGGAAUGACGCCGCCUCUAAAUAACGGAUCCUCCAAGAAGAGAAGAGGAAGAAAUUACUGCUUCAACUGCCUAGCCGUCCUUCUCCUUCUGGGCCUUCUCUUUCUCAUCUUGGGCCUCACCGUUUUUAAAGCCAAAAAGCCCGUCAUCACUGUCAACUCCGUUUCUCUACGGGAUAUGGAUUUCUCUGUCGACAUCGCUAGGCUCCAAGUUCACCUCAACGUCACCCUUCAGGCCAACCUUUCUGUCAGAAAUCCCAACCGGGUCGGGUUCAAAUACGACUCUACUUCCGCCAUCCUAAAGUAUAAGGGCCAGGUCGUGGGAGAUGCCCCUAUUCCGACAGGCGAGAUAGGUUCCCGUGAAACGCGUCCGAUGAAUAUUACCCUCACUGUAAUGGCCGAUCGAUUGCUUUCCAAUUCCGGUUUGUAUUCCGAUGUCCUUUCCGGUUCUGGUACGUUACCCCUCACUACUUAUGUGAAAUUGUCGGGGGUGGUCCGAGUUCUGUUCAAAAUUCACGUGAAAACUACCACUUCUUGCGAUUUGUACAUCGAUGUUCUUAACAGGAAGCUCGCCAACCAGACUUGUCAUUAUAAGACCAAGCUAUGAUUCUCUCUAGUACCACAUUACACAUGUUGAUUCGUUUCACUUGUUGGAUCAACUAUGUAAUUUGUCGGGAUGACAUUUGCUAUUGUUUUUUCCCUUUGUUUGGUACGUGCAGUUUGUAAGUA